AUGAACGGCGGAGUUUCGAGAUUCGAGAACUCUACGCCUGUCAAGACCGGCGCUUUCACCAAAUCUGCAAUGGCGAACGACGUCGCAUCGCUUAAGCCACCACCCCCGUUAAUCAUCGAUCGGUUCAGGGGCAUGUUGAAGGAGAGAGAGGCGGAACUUAGCGUUUUCAAUAAUGGAGGACAUGACUCUGAUUCGAACUUGGGUACCGAUGAAAUUGUGCGUCUUUACGAGAUUGUUCUGUCGGAACUUACUUUGAAUUCGAAGCCUAUAAUUACCGAUCUGACGAUGAUUGCUGGACAGCAGAGAGCACAUGGCAAGGGCAUAGCUAAUGCUAUUUGCGGUCGGAUUAUCGAGGUUCCAGUUGAGCAAAAAUUACCUUCGUUGUAUCUUUUGGACAGUAUUGUGAAGAACAUAGGCAGGGAUUAUGUUAGACACUUCUCUGCACGCUUGCCUGAGGUUUUCUGUGAUGCCUACACACAAGUCCACCAUAGCAUGCGUCCUGCUAUGCGCCACCUUUUUGGUACCUGGUCGACAGUGUUCCCAUCAUCAGUGCUUCGCAUGAUUGAGGUGCAGUUGCAAUUUUCCCCUAGUGUAAAUCGUCAACAACCUGGUUUGGCUCCCUUGAAAACUUCUGAAUCUCCGCGCCCAACACAUGGCAUACACGUAAAUCCUGAAUACUUGGAAGCACGGCAUCAGUUGACCAUUGAAACAGUUGGAGCCAAAGGUUUGAGCUCAUCUGCCCGGGCACGCCCAGGCCAUACUACUUCGUCAUCACACCAAUCACUUGAUGAAUUUGGUGUGGACAGUUAUCGAAGGGUUACUGAAACGGCCUCACCAUCUAAUUCUAGAUUUGAAUAUGGGCUUAACAGAGUGAUGGGCCAAGAGGAGGAGACAAAUAAACUGCGAGCAAAAAAUUGGCAUGGUGAACCUGAUCAACGUCUUAAAAAUGCUGCUGUACUUAAUAAAGGAGUUGAUCUUCAAGGACCUAGAGCCUUGAUUGAUGCUUAUGGAAUUGAUCACAGGGAGAAAAAUUUGAACCUUAAACAUCCCAAGGUUGAGCAAAUGGGCAUAAAUGGUUUUGACCAAACGACAACUUCCAGGACAUGGCAAAAUACUGAAGAGGAGGAAUUUGAUUGGGAAGAUAUGAGUCCAACUUUAGCACACCAGAGCAAGGACAGGUUUGCUACACAACGUGCUGCAUCUUUGUUGACUGAUUUCAGUGGCAACUCGUUAAAUGCGCAAUUUUCUUCCACCGCCGAUUCUUCCAUUGUUGAGGGUGUUCCCCCUGUCAGUUCUAGAAAUGGAGGAAUUAGUAAGAUUACUAGUUCACACACGGCCUCAAAUCAGAUAGCUGCUUCUAGUUAUACCAGAGAAUCAUGGAAUUUACCAUAUCAGCCAUCGCAACAUUAUUUGAAUGCCAAAGAAGGUAGCUUGCAUUCAGGAAUUGGAGCCUCUUCCGCAGCUGAUGAGCAAAAGCCGCCUACAAUUGGAAAUUUCUCAAGUGUAGAUGGACAGUUUUUCGGGUCGCACUCUGUUGUUGACUCUUUAGCUCCUGAGAUUCGAUCAGCUGAUGCAUUGGGGUUAACAAAAGUAUGGCAUCCUGCAAGGUUACAGAAUUCAUAUCCAUUGCCUUCGUAUUCUGCUCUUCCUCCAGAAAUGCACAUCAGGAGUCAAUUUCCUAUAAUGAAUGCUGGCAAUGUCAAUAUCAACAAGUCAAUUCCUUAUCAGCAGCAUCUGGACAAUACUGGUAUGUCAAUAAGCAACUUGCCUCGAGCUCACGGUCAACUCUCCCGACCAGUACAUCCACAUCUACUAGCACCUCGAAAUCAUGGAUAUGGUGCACAAGGACGUGGUCCUCCUAUUGGGACAGCUAUUCCAACUUUACCCAGGGGACCACCGCCUGGCACAACUCAAUCAAUACACGCUGGAAAUACUGUUCAAGUUGCCCCCAACCCUCCAGCACAGGGUGCACUUUCGGGUUUAAUUAGUUCUCUCGUAGCACAAGGUUUGAUAUCAUUGACAAAACAGGAUUCUGUGGGAGUGGAGUUUGAUCAAGACCUUCUUAAGGUGCGUCAUGAGUCUGCAAUAACUGCUCUAUACGCUGAUCUUCCCAGACAAUGCAAAACAUGUGGCCUUCGAUUCAAAAGCCAAGAGGAGCAUAGGAAACAUAUGGAUUGGCAUGUCAACAAGAACCGGACUUUAAGAACUCGUAAGCUGAAGCCUUCUCCUAAGUGGUUUGUCAGUGUCAAUAUGUGGCUCAGUGGGGCCGAGGCAGUGGGGACUGAAGCAGUUCCAGGGUUUUUACCUGCUGAUAAUGAUGUGGAAAAGAAAGAAGAUGAAGAAAUGGCUGUUCCUGCUGAUGAGGACCAAAAUGCUUGCGCAUUGUGUGGAGAGCCUUUUGACGAUUUCUACAGUGAUGAAAUGGACGAAUGGAUGUAUAGAGGGGCCGUCUAUAUGAAUUCACAAGCCGGAUCAGCUGCAGGGAUGGACAGGUCACAGUUAGGUCCUAUAGUACAUGCUAAAUGCAGGUCUGAGUCCAAUGCUCCAACUGAGCAUUUUACAAAAGAUGAAGAGGAAUUAAGUGAAGAGGGUCUUCAAAGGAAAAGGAUGCGGUGUUAA